UCAUGAGGCUCUGCUGCAUUACACCUUAUGUAACACGCCGUCACUGACUCUUGAGCCUGUUCAUCCGGCUCCGCGUCCAUCGCUAAAAUAAAAAAAUCAGCCAUACGGAAAUAAAACCCGUUUUGUUUCCCCUGCAGGAAAUAAUGUUACGUUCCUCUUACCGCAACAUAAGGAAGGGCUGCAUCGGGUUGGUCGAUGAACGAGAUAAAAAGCAGGGCUCCAUCGGAUGCCGCGUGCACCUGACGGCAGCUCGUUUUGAACUUCAUCUUCAAGGCAAAGUGAAUACGUCUUGAAAAGAGGCGGCCGGCAGAUGUUUCAGGUAACGGGAUCAGUGCGAUUAGUCCGAUUGCAUGGCCAAAAAGACGAAAGCUGACCUGAAGCCUGCGAUGCAGCGCUGCCCGUCACGGAACCACCUCCACUUAUAAGGCCUCCGUAGCUAAUAAUAGGCAGGCACCGACGAAAAAAACCCAUUCAUUACAAAACACUGAUCCACUUUAAAGUCGCACAAAUCUCAUUCCACCGCUCCUAAGCAGCCCGGAUAAGACCGCCUGCAGUGCGUGUUUUUGUUACACCUCCCUUCUUUUAAAAAUCUGGGUUAUAGACUGCUUUGCACAAUUUAUAGUAUGUUUAUGUUGUGAUUGUAAUGAAAUACAUCAUACGCCCCUCAUGCAUUCAGGCUGGGUUAAAAUAACGUGUGCAAAGUGCUGCAAUAUUUCAUCAUGAAUGAUCAGCUAAUGUAAACUGACAGUGUUGUAUCAAGGGGCGGGUCUACUUUAUUUUAGUUAGGACAGGUGCUCUAUGGGUGUCUGCGUGUGUGUGUGUGUGUGUGUGUGUGUGUGUACAGUAUAUAGUCUACAUGUAUACAUACACAUAGUGGUUGCAUGUGUGACAGAAACAAAUUCAAUAAAAAAGGAAUCCGAUGGCUGUCAAACCAAUAAAUAAGUAAUGCAUAUUUGAUUGGAUCCAUUUCUUAUUUUGUUAUUCAAGAGGGUUGUAAAAACAAAAUUGCAUGAGUCAUGAUGGCUGUUGAGCUUUAAAUAAACGACGAGCUGUUCCCUGGUACUAAAUUACCUCUUUUGGCUCUUAUAAACUGAGCAUUUAUGACUUUGCAUAGUUCCUCUCAUGGGUUUGGAGAAAACUUUAUAUAUAAAAAAUGUGAAAUUUGCAUGAAAUCUCCUGCAGUAGUUUUGUUAUGGAUUAAAAGACAUUACAUGAAACAUACAUGGUAUUUUUGAAAUGGUAUUUCUUAUACAUUACCAAAAUCUCAUAUCACUGUUUUAGUUACCAACAAGUUAGACCAACAAGUUAAUUAAUGCCACGUUGCUAUCAUUAAACAGGCUACUGAGUAUACUCAGUUUGCAUUAGAUUCAUAUGUAUCAUGGUCAUCACACAUUACCAUGGGCCAAGACAAGUACAGUGUUAACAAUUCAGAAAAUGUCCUAUUUAUUGCCUACAAUAGUGUUGACAAAGGCAGCUAUGGCUCUUAUUGGCAGUUGAAUUAUUGUUUAGCACUUUAGGGCAAAGCAGUUAUUGGCGAGAUAACUCAACCUCAGGAUGCAAAGCAAAAAAAUGAAUUGCUGAGGUAGUGAUUUGAAGGUCUGUGAUAAAUAAAAGGCCACUCACCACUCACAGGUACUGACAGCCAUAGUGCACAGAUGGUGGGAGGUUUUUUUCUGUUGGAGGUAAUUUCCACUGCAGUUCGAUUCAGUAAUUCUGUCUUCACAAACUCAGAUGAUGUGGUUUAAGGAAGGCUGUAAUCUGCAAUAAAUCAAAUUCUCAAGAGUUGGUUUAUCUUUUACCUCCGUCACUCUGUGUUGUCCUGAGCUACGUCAUUCACAUUACAAAGUCUAACAAUGCAAUCCAUUGUUUGUACACCUUAACUAUGUAGGACCAAGAGGAUCCAAUUAACAUGUAUACUUGCAAAUUUUAGAACAUUUAUGCCAAAGCUGCACUGAAUGUAUUGUGGAAGAAAUGCCUCAGCAGCAAGCAUCAUUAUGGGGAAAUGCUUUUAUAGAUUUAUAUCCUAUUGCAUUUCUAUGUCAUUGAAUUACUUGUCGAAGUGAACACAGUAUUUCAGCUUUACAAAGUGAUAUUAAGCAGUUCAUGUAUAGUUACAUGCACUUUUGGUGUGAUACUGAUUAACUCUUCACUUUAAUCCAUAUGUAAAGCCAUGUUUUUACUAUAACUCCUGCAAUGUCCAGUCUGCUCCACCAGGUGAGGCUGAAAGUCUACUUUACAUAUUAUUUAAUCCUCUCUUCAAUACUGAGCCACAACACAAACAGAUAUAAAAACAAGUAUUGUAUUGUACUGCAACACAUUACAUAAUGAUACAAUAACAUAUUGUAGCAUUUGUGUUGUCAGCGAGGGUCUUCUACUGAAAAAAGAAAAAGCUCAGACAUGUGGAAGCUACAGCUCUGAGUAAUACUGUACAUGUAAGAGCGGUACCUGAAUAUGAACCAAAAUAUCAGACUCAGAGCCUUACUGAGAGGUGACAGUGCUAACCACUACACCACCGUGCUGCUCUAUUGUAUUUUGCUCCCCAAAAUGGAUAUAGACGUUAAACAGGGAACAGGAAAAUAUUGCUAACAUUAAGAGGCAUUGCACUAAUAACCUUAACCUAUUUUUCAAUAACAGUUUUGUAUUAUUACACUGUAUAAUUCAACAUGGGCUGGUCAAAUGCAGGCCUAAUGUGAUAUAAUGUUCAGCAAACUCAUCUUCUACCUACAACUGUGAUUUAUAGUGACGCAUGGAUACUGAUUUGCCAAACUUAACCUUAGAAUUGUGCAAUAUCCGAAGUGAGGGAUCAAUGUGUAACUGCUAUUGACAGCAGCUUUAAAGUGAACUCUGUGCCGGAGUCCAGACAGAUUGGGUUUCUUGAACCAUUCAGAUAGUCGCACAACCGUCGCUGACAGUGGCUUUCUGUUUCUUUCUCUAUGGCUGCUGCUGAACCACACUCCAAACCUUUCUUCUCUCUGGAGUCCUACCAUGUAUCUGAAGACCUUGGCUUUAUCCUCCCUGAUCCUCUGCUCUAUUUCAUUUCCAUUUGUCAUGGUGAUCAUCACAUUUUCUUUUGAUGGUCCAACUGGUCUUAAAAAGGAAGAGCUUCCACCUUACUACCAGCCAUGGAUGGAUAUUGCCCUGCGAGUCCCAGAGCUUGUGCACUCUCACGAGUUGCGCUUCCAUAUCAACAAGAUGCCGCAGCUGAGCAGCCAGUUUCUGCAGAAACACCGGGAGUUACGCUUGGCCCACCUUGCCCUCAGUAUGAUGACCAUGGGCUACAUGUGGCAGGAGGGAGAGAACAACACAGUGAAGAUGCUACCGCAUAACCUGGCGGUCCCAUACUGGGAGGUGUCACAGCGUUUAGGACUUCCCCCAAUUCUCACACAUGCAGAUGCAGUACUGGCUAACUGGAGGAAGAAGGAUCCAGAGGGUCCUUUUGACAUGGAGAACCUGGAAGUGCUGGUCAGCCUCCCAGGUGGAGACAGCACCAGAGGUUUCUUUUUGGUCACUCUGCUGGUGGAGAUGGCAGCAGUUCCUGCAUUGAGGAACAUUCCCACCGUGAUCAAUGGUGUCAGGUGUGGAGACACUGAGACUGUGGCCAAAGCCCUGGAAGUCAUCAGCCAGUCUCUACAGGACAUGACAGAUAAACUCAAACUGAUGCAAGUUUACGUGGAGCCUUCGGUAUUCUAUGGCAUUAUGAGGAUCUACUUGUCUGGGUGGAAAGACAACCCCUGUAUGCCAAAGGGGCUGGUUUAUGAAGGGGUCCAGGCCGAGCCCAUGGAGUAUUCAGGUGGGAGUGCUGCACAGAGCAGCUUGCUGCACUGCUUUGAUGAACUUCUGGGCGUCAAACAUGAAGCAAAAAGUGGUGCCUUUCUAACCCGCAUGAGGAACUACAUGCCACCUGCCCACAAGCUGCUGACCCAGGACAUCUCAUUGCAACCCUCCCUGAAGAGGUUCGUCCAGCAGCAGGACAGCGAGAGGCUAAACCAGGCCUUUCAUCACUGUGUCACAAAACUGUUGGCUUUGCGCAGCUACCACAUCAACGUUGUCAGCCGCUUCAUCACUGUACCUGCUGCCCGCGCCCGACAACUUAGAAACCAGAGCCAGGAGUUAGACGGGGAGAUGAUCAGCAGAGCACCCACGGCCUUAGAGGAGAGGGGCACCGGUGGCUCUGGCAUCAUGAUCUUCCUUAAGGCUGUGAGAGACCAAACAAAAGGCACUUUGCUGCCUGAGACGAGCAAAUAAAUGAAGCACCGCAGCUGAUGUGAGCCGUCAUCACUGAGAAUACACAGUAGAGUGUCAACUGCAUCACAUAAAACAGGCCGUAAAUCACCUCUGAUUACUUACAGUAAAACAAUUUUAUAUGCCAUUUAAAGGAUGCCUUGUGGCAGAAUGGGAGUGUGAGGCCUCUAUCGCUCGUCUUACAUGUAGCUUUGUUCUAUCUGUAAACAAACCUCAGACAGGAAUAGACGGGAGUGAUACCCAUCAUUCAGUCCAACCCAUAAUUAAAACCAUUACUGUUACUUUCCAUUAAAUUCAGCCAUUAAUUCCUCCUUUAAUCUGAACUGGAAUGCAAAAAAAUGCAUCAGACAUCUGCUCCAGAUAGCUUUUCGGUUUAUAAGACCCCAAUUAGGUUACCGGUACUGGUUUUAACGUUAUGAUAGUAAAUGAGAGAAGCUCUCAGAAAAUGAUUAUGUGAAGAAAAAAAAUGAAUACUGCAAUACCCUGUGAAACCUUGGCAGGGCACUAAAGUUCAGCAUUGUAGAUCAUCACAAAAUAAGAUUUCACAGGUUUUGCCUUUAAAAAACUAAAACAGUUGGCAACACCUGAGUGCACCAAAGACGUGCAGCCACUGAUUUAGCCUUGUCACAAACAAAAUGGACCUGAUUAAAUAAUAUAGUAUUCUAGUAAACUAUAGUAGUUGUAUUCAUCAUUAAUAAUAGUCAUUUGAAGAGGCGUGAAAUCCACAACAGCCUGACACACUAAGGUAUCGGCAGGCUGGAACCUGAACUCUCCCUCUCAGAAAAGAAUCCGUCUUUGUUUCAUCUUUACUCUAGAGCAUGUCCUCACAGUGGGGUUAUCAUGUCAAAGUACAAUGCACAAUGCAGUACGGAGAUGCAUCACUUAUCAGAGUGGUUACCUCAGCACUCUUGCCGCCCUCUUCCAGCCCACAUCCAGCCCUCACAUGCCCCUCUAUACUUCCUGGGCUGAGAGUGUGGAAAACCCAGAGCAAUGAAGGGAUGGAUUGUGCCGUGAAUGGCUAACGCUGUGUAAUCUUCACCUUUCCUGGCUCGUCUCCACCGGUGUUUUAUUUCAAUAACAGCCUUGCAAGAUCAGAUAAAGCAGAUGAUGCGGCAAUUUGACAUGACCAUUCCCCCCAACCUAUGCGAUCUACUUCAUCUUGCCCGCUUUCUUUUCUCAUGCUGGGUUCCAGGGAAGACAACUGAAGAGCAAAUGAUAGAGAAAACAAUCACACAUGACUUUAGUUUGAGGGACAUUUGUUUAAAAGGUUUUUGUGGCGUGUAUGCGGACGGAUGUUUUAAGCAAUUUUGAAGUACAGCAAUUACGUUUAGAAGUGUAGUCAUUGGGUCGGUAAUCAUUCAUGCUUUCAUUAGCGGCAAACCACACAGACAUGUUUCACAACCUGAGAAGCUGUUUGUAGGGAGACCUGAGGUGAGGAGGUGAAAGGUAAACAGAAACUAUGCAGGGAUGUAGGGAGAUGGGUGGCGAGGAGGACCAAUAGUGUGUUCACAUGCCACAGUGAUCUGAUUAAAACCUCCACAGCCAGAGCAAAUAAUCCCCUUCCUUAUUGCCUGACUGUGGAGGACUCCCUGACAACCAGGCAGUAAACACUGGCCAUCUCUAAGGAUGUCUUCAUUGUGUAGUCGGGGCUGGGCCUUCACAGCCACUGAAGUUUCACCUAGCAUCACAACAGUGGCAGAGUUUUACACACAUGUAGAAACUCACUGGUUUUGUACUGACGGUGGUGUGAGAUGUAUUACAAAAUAAAAGAGUCGAAGGUGUCAGCUUUAUCAUUAUAUACAAUAGUAAUAUUUCGGCUUAAAUGUUCCAAAGGACUCAGCUAAUGUUCUGUAUAUUUGAGUACGAACCUUCCAAGCAAAUGCUAAAAAAAAUGUGAUUUUCCUCACGGCAAAGGGCAUCUGGAGUCACUCUUGUUUUCAUGGAAUCACCUCAAACAUCCAUAUUCAAUCUAUCAGAGCCGACAGGAUCACAGGCACGGGUUCUCCUUUUGGUUAGACAAUCGGAUAUCUGCGCCUUGGUGGUUAACCAGGAUAUCCUGGAUUCUGUUAUUUCAAAAUUAAAAAUGAUGCUGCUGCUCACCUCAAGCCAAGCAAAGCCAAGACCAUUUUCUCGCCCUGGGAGCGAGCAGCCACGAUGGCAGCAGCUAGGCUUUGAUUUCCUUUGGCGUGUACAUGGUGGGCGUCGCUGGGAAUUAUGGGCUGCGUGUGCAGUACACUAGGUGACUCUGGGCGUUUUACAUCUUCUUCUCAUCUGGACAUUACUAUCUUUGUCAAACAUCUAUGUCUACACACCCACACGGGUCAGACACGUCUUCAUAAUUCACUUACUGAUCAGUUUGGACACACCCUAAAUUUGAGCUCUGUAUGUAUUCUGAUGAGCGGCUGUCAUCUCUUUUCUUUCUCAUAGAGGAUAAUUAAGGUCUAGUAUGAAUGUAACUCUGGCUUAUAUAACAUGUACACUUGAGACCAGAUACUCGAGAGGAACUCUCUAAAUAGUUUUCACUGUGAUUCCCCCUCCCACAGGGUAUCCAUUUAGUGGUCUAAAAGAAUUUAAAGAAAUAUGUGACAGUUCACCCCAUGGGCAGAGGUUAGUGUUCACAACGUAGUGUGUACUCACAACGUUCCUAAAGCCAUGAUCACCUCAAGACUGGUGAAUCAUCUUUCCUGUAGUACCUCCAUUUGGACGGUUUCCAUAGAAGCCUCUCUAAACAAGCAAAUAUAGCCGACGUUCACUGUGCUGCGGGUUUUCGGACUUCACUUUUCUGCCUACUUGUCACCGUUAAACAAGACAUCAAGCUCAUCUUUCACCUACUCCGUCUUUCAAAUCUUUUUUUUUUUUUUCUCCUCUUUGUUCAUCAAUUGUGCGGUCUGUUAGGGCAGGUUAAAAGCUUUUGAUGGAGUCAUCUUACAGCAACUUUUAUCGCUUCCUCCCCAGUGACUCCACUGAAACGGCAUGCCCACAUGAAAAAAAGAGGAAAAAAAGCUGUCAUGUUCUGUUCACAGCCAGCAUGAAAGGCUUCUUUUUUCAAGUGUAGAAUUACUGCUGUUGCCAGUGUUGAUGGUCCAGCCCAGGUGACGUCACUGACUUGACAGGAAAGCACACAUCAGAUUGCAGCCGUUAUUUUUCCAGGGGGAAAUUGUGACAUUUUGGCCCCUGUAAUCAAGAUACUGCACUAUCCUGCUUUGUACUGCAUAUAUAUCCUUGUUGAGCUGGAGAGAUUGUCUAUGAGUGUUCAAAGGACUCUGUUUUUAGCAGUUUUGUUGAGUCACCUGUGUCGCUUUCUGAGCUUACAGCCACGCUGAGUCUGUACUUAGGCACUGUGAUGCUUUGAGCUACAUGUUAACAUCAGCAUGUUAGCAUGCUCACAAUGAGGCAUGUUAGUAUUUGCUAAUUGGCACACAAAGCACAACUGAGGCUGAUGUGAAUGUCGUUAGUUUUGUAGUCAUGUGGUCAAAACGUUUUGUACAAAUUGAAAAAUUGUAUUUGAUGAGAGAGCUACCAUGAAUAUCUGCAGAAAAGUGCAUGGUAAUAUAUAAUAGUUUUUGAGAUAUUUCAGUUUGGACCAAGGUGAACCAACAGACUGAUCAACAAUGCCAUUGCUAGAGCCAUCUUGGCUAGAAAGUAUACAACUCCUUGACUAAAUAAAAGUUU